CCCUGCCCUUCCUCUCAGGACGGAGUCUCCCUCCAGGCUCAGCCCAGCAGGUCCCUGCACUGGGCCUGGCCAUGCCCUGCACUGGCGGCCGCAGGAGAGUCAGAGAUGGGCACCCGGGGCCUGUCCUGUGGGGGCUCCGUGUCCUGUGCCCGGACUCCCCUCAGGUAGGAGCACCUGUCCUCUCACCUGCACUCUCGCCUCCUGCCUGGCUGUGCCGUGCUGCCCAGGGUGACCCCACCUCCUGGGACCUCACUGGCCCAGGUCAGUCCAGAAAGGGCCUUUGUCAGAACAGAGAAAUCAAAAGCUAAGUUGCCCCUGAGGACACAGGAUGAGACAUUUGGACAGAAAAGUUCUAUUACUCCAUAGGGUGCCAUGAGUGGCCUGAGUUUAGGGAAGGGGUGGGGCGCAGCAGAACCAGCUCAGCAGGUUCCACAUGCUCUGUUGACAUACAAGGCACCUCAGUCCUUGAAAGCGAGCCAAGAGGAGGACAGCCUGUGGCUAGAAGAGAAGAUGAAGGAGCUGAGACAUGGAGGACAACCCAGCACCAACUGGCAGACCCCUGAUGGAUGCAACCACCUUCAAGGACAACUUCGGUCACAACUGGGAGAAAAAACAUACCUGUGGUACGAGGUGGAGUUCCGGGAGGGUGACGCCUGGGCCCCAGUGGAGGAGCUCCAGGGCUUCCUGCGCAACCAGGUACUCCGUCAUGCAGAGUUGUGCUUCCUGCAUGGGGUCCGUUCUUGGCACCUGGAUGAGGGGAAGCAGUACAGACUCACCUGGCACAUCUCCUGGAGCCCCUGCCCUGACUGUGCCUCAAAACUGGUGGAAUUUCUGGGCGAGAACAGCCAUGUGAGCCUGCGCAUCUUUGCUGCUCGCAUCCAUACUAAAUACCGUGGCUAUGAGGAUGGGCUACGCCAGCUGCAGGACGCUGUGGACCAUCUCACCAUCAUGACCCUCAAAGAGCUCCAGCACUGCUGGGUCACCUUCGUGGACAACCAGGGCCAGCCGUUCGAGCCCGAGAUUGAACUGUUAGAAAACAUAGGAGCCCAAUGUCAGAAGCUGGAGAGCAUUCUCAGGAAUCAGGGAAACUGAAGGACGGACUCAAUCUCUCUAAACAGUCGGGGUCUUCUGGUGAACGACGCAUCAAACACUUUCUUCAAGAAAUGAAAACGCAUCACGUGCCGCAUCUCCAACCUGAUCCAAAGAAACCAGCAAAAGGCAGCGAAUGAGCUCAUAGGGAAUUAUUAAAAGAUCUGAUUGAUUUACUUUUCAUUUAAAAUCUAUGAUAUGCUCCAAAUGCACACCAGUAACAUUCUAUUCAUUACUAUCAGAAUCAUUUUUUCCUUUUAGGGAAAUGAUUAUUUU